AUGGCGGGCGAACGUGUGUCCGGAAACUUGACCAGAUCUGGAAAGGGAACUCUCAUCUAUGCCUUAGAUGGUACUCUCAGCUGUUUGGCAGUUAACCAAAAGGCAGAACAUUUGGCAGUUGCUGGACGAAACUUGUUUCAAGUUCUUGAAAUUCGUGACGACUGCUUUGUUCCAAUUACUCGUUCAAAGGCUCCUCCUCGUCACCUAGCCUCCAACACACCAGACUCACCUUGCGUUUGCUCCGAUGGAGUAGUGCCCGUUACGUCUACUUCGUCGUCUGCUCAAGCUGCCUCCACGACGGUCCAUCGCUCGCAAAACAUCACGGAUGUAUCCUGGUCAUGCGCUAACACCGUUUUGGCCUCGGGAUCAACCAAUGGUAUCAUCACUUUGUGGAAUGUCGAUUACAAUCUAACACAACAGCAAUGUUUUUCCGGGCACUCAAGGUCAAUACACUGUGUCACUUUUCAUCCAACUAAUCCAUGGGAGCUUGUCACUGCUUCGCAGGAUGGCAAAGUAAAGUUGUUUGAUACCCGAGAGCCUAAUCCAGACAGCAACGCACGGACAUUCAUUCAGCGCACCGCAUUGCCUUCUCCCGUUCGCGAUGUUACCUAUAGUCCUCGACACAGUUUUCUAAUUGCUGCUGGCUUGGAGAAUGGCACUAUUUCUCUCUGGGAUACGCGGCAACAAGGUAGACCGUACUGGGCAUUUCAAGGACACUCGUGCUGUGUGGCCUCACUUGAUUGGCAUCCCAUUUGGCAGGGUACCGGUCGCAAUUGGCUCGCCACUGCAGGAGUUGCAGACCAUCUGAUCAAAGUGUGGAACUUCGAUCAGACCACCUCCGGACAGUCAGGAUGCCCUUCAGUCGUGUACACUGUACGAACAAGCAAUGUCACCCGGAUCCGUUGGCGUCCUGGUUCUCUAACGCAACUUGUGUCCAGCUGCAAUCAGACAUUUGAUUUGAACACCUACCUAUGGGACCUAAAGCGUCCCUACCUACCGUACGCUGCAUUCGAAGGCCACAAAGGUGUAGUCACUUCGAUUGCAUGGAAUGCUGGGGAAGCCGACUAUUUUUAUACCGCCGGACGGGAUGGGCUUUUGAUACGACAUUGUGUUGCCGACGGGUUGCGACCGGCUGAGAGCGCGCCUCCAGUUGCCCUGUGUUUUAGCCCUCGUGGUCAGCUGGCUCAUGCCGUGAGUCGAGACCGUUUCCUGGCAAAUCAGCCUGCCCCGUAUGUGGACGAAACGAAUCUAGUCACACAGUCCCCUUUCUUUCCCGGCUUUCGAGGCACAAACGGCACCUUGGACACCAGCAGCGCUUCGUCUAUGGGCCAAAGUGAUGGUCCACCCGGCUUUUAUGCCGCUCCAUCAUGCGGCAAACUAGAUUGGUACAAUUCCUCACCGAUCAAUUUGCCGCCUAUGGGUUCCGCUCAGUCUGCCGACCUGUUUGUCUCCCAGGCACAAAGUUUACUCUUUUGCUUUGAGCCGUCACUGGAAGCAUUUCGAUUUGUAGGCGGUAUGGCGUCCAAUACAGUCUUGUUGUCCGAUCUUAUCAUCGCGUUGGCCAAACAUUACCAAUUCGUCGGCCCAAAUGUGGAUCGCGUUUGUAGCCACAACGCCGCGGUUGCAUUACGCUUUGGACAAGCGUUCCUGGUACAAUUUUGGUCGCUUUUGCGUUGUGUCUACGGAAGUAUUCCUACCAUCCCACCGAAUAAGCCAUCAGUCGCUGUACCUGACCAAGAACAUGCUAAGACUUUGUCGGACACAAAGGCUGAGAUGGUUCCACCGAAUUCGGCCGAUCCUCCGCGACCUCCCGUUCCCAGUGAUACCUCCAUCCGCCCGUCCGGUCGCUCGGAUCCAAGAGCAGUAAAUUCUAUGCCCUGCCCAAGUCCCACUGCACCAUCCGGCGUCAUGCUACGCGACAUGCUCUCAACUAUUGGAGUGGUUCUUCAGUGUGACGAUCCUUCAACGCCAACCAUCUUAUCACCGAAGAGGGCUCCAUCGCCUAGUGACCACAGCAUUUGCGUCGUGUACGACCCAAACAUCAAGCAAGAAGUGUCCAACUUGCAUCAUUCGGAGCCUCAACUUAUUGUUGACCCAACCGGGACUCUUGAGAGAGUACAUGAGGUUCUUGGACCUUUCAAGUAUCCCCAUCCAGUCGUCGGCUCAAAGACAGAAAGACUUAUCGACCAGAGCGAGCCAGGGUCAACAGCAAGUGUGUCUGGUACGAUACCGAUUGAUCGUCAACGCACGAGUUCUAUGUGUAGAUCGCGUCGCUCACCCACUUCCGCCCAACUAUUUCCACAUGGUCUCGAACUGUCGGCCUCAUCCGCGCAAACCUGUGAUAGCUUAGGCGAAUCAGCCGACUUUCUCUUCCACUAUAACAAUCCAGCCAAUAAGUGUGGGGGAACCUAUCCGGAGACGAGGAGUGCUUUAGCACCGACACAGACUGACCUGACUGCAGAAAGUGAGACAAACCCACAUGACUUAAAUCCCGAUCUGCUCUCAACGGUUGACGUCUCGGACGAUCCUAUUCUGUUGGAGACCACAUUUUUGCCUGAUGAGGCAUUCUCUGUUCGGCAUCCAAUCGAAGCUCAUCUACGAAAAGUGUUCGGUGAACUCGGGAACAGCAUUGGAGGGAAUGGCGCACCAGUCUCAAAUCCCAAUGGCCCAGAGCAAUCGACCAGCGAUAGUCCCAUCCGUCAUCAGAAUAGCCAGGAGGUACAAACUGGAAUGUCGAAAUCAUUCAAUAAGCCAGUCACAAUAGAAGCUCAGAAUGACGUGCGGCGCAGUCUGGAUCAAGAAUUUCGUUUAUUGGCUCCGUUUAAUACAUCACUAGCAGCAGCAACAGCAGCAGCAGUCAACGCCGAUCGGACAGACCUCCGUAGAAUUGCCAGAUGCUACUCCGCUUAUUGUGCAAUGGUUUUACGAGCUGGUAGAGUACGGUCAUGUUCAGACCGUAUGCACAGCUUUGUUGGCAUUGGGUCCGGAACGUCUACGUAUCAAGGAAUGGAUCAGCGAUGCGUGCAUCGAAAAUUGGUUCAUGGCUUACUUGGAAUUGCUGUCUCGAUUUCGAAUGUGGACAUUGUGUUCUCGCAUUACGAAGCAGUGCGCUAGUUUCGUGGGCGGAGUCGAUGCCCCACAUCCCAACAGGGAUCGACGACAUACUGUUGCCGUACGAGACGUUAUCAGAUCAUCGACGAGGAAGACUCCAGCCGAUGCAAACACAGUCAAAGCAGCUAGUUCAUCAGAUUCUGGGAGAGUAGACGCCAUGGAACCCAGAACUCGUUUUAGGAGCGGUAGUGGAACUCAGACUACUGCUCCCACCUCACAUGUGGCCCUCGCGCUUGGAGUGUGUGCAGUGAACCAAGCUUCCACGAGACUGACCAUCCAUUGUGGCCGCUGCUCCAAACCAUUCGCUGGUCACGAAGCCACUCAGCGCGCCACCGGCCAUACUGGUUGGGCAUGUACCAGGCAUACGGACAUGGCUAAUGCAGUGUGUGCGCUUUGCCACCUCACUGUCAAAGGCCUCUUCGUCUGGUGCCGCGGUUGCUCACACGGAGGACAUUUGGAGCACAUACAGGAAUGGCUCAAGAAACGUCUCGAAUGUCCUGCAGGCUGCGGUCAUCGAUGUGAAUAUGGCUGAACGGAUACUACACUGACUUCUACUACGCUUCCAGUCAGAGGCCCAAUUCUACCUCCUCGAUGCGAUAUUUUCUUAUCCUUGUCAUUUCCUUUCUUCCAUUGUCUCAUGGCUCGUUUUUCACACCAUCUCGUUAUUUCACUCUCGAGAGGUGGCAUUUUGGGAUUACAAAUUGCGUGCAGUAAAGUGUUUGUCCGGCC